ACGAUGCGAUGCGGGCGUGAGUAUGUUCGAUCGUGCGGUAUCACCAUAACCUCUUUGCAGGCGCGCGCGAGUUUAUCGACCGAAAGUUUUGUUUGAUCGUUCGUAAAUGAUAAGCUGUCGAUCGUGGCGCGGUGUACGUGUUCGAAUGGACGUAUUUUUGCAUGAUCGCUCGAUCGUACCUAACUUCGUUCGCUUCAAGUGAGUUGAUACCGAAAGUGAACCCUUUAUCCGCGUCACCGCAAGUUUUCAGUAAUUGUUCGUAUAUUCUGUCUGUUAUUGUCAAUAGGAAAGAUUACGCCGCUCACGCGACUAGGUACGGGAAAUAAUGAGCGAUAAUUAGAUUCUGUGAAUGACGAGAAUCUCCCCGAGUCGAUCAAGAUGACGCAGUCACUUUACGUCUCUCGAAUAAAUCAGAUCGACGCCGCUGAAUUGGACACAGAGAUCUAUAAGGUGCUGAAGAAUCAAGCUAGGGAGAUCGCCAGAUACUGCGCACCCGGCAAAAUCGACAAAUGGCAACCGGAAGUGGACGCCAUCCUGAAAUUCUUCAUCUGGAAGUUCUCGCUGCAUCGAGGAUCCUCCACGUUCGGCCAGCGGCUUCUCAAUCUACACUACUGCAAUAUUAAUCAAAAAAAAGCUGUAUUAUAUUUGAUUCUAAGCAUUCUACCUCAGUAUUUGAAGAACAAAUUGACCAAUGAGAAUCUAUCCGAACGUGGCGUGGUCGCACACAUAUUAAAGUCGCUCGUCGACUGGACGACGAACGCGAUCACUCUCUUGGAGCUCGUCAAUCUGCUCUUCUUCCUCCAUCGGGGCGUACAGCCGCGCGUGAUCGAGUUUCUGCUGGGUCUGUCCAGCCAGUCGAUAACGACGCACCGACCUAGAAUCAUCGGUUACUCGUACAUGACGAGAGAGUUGCUCUGGCACGGUCUAAUGGAGCUCUUCACGAUCGGCAUACCCAUGAUAAACUUCCACUACCUGAAGCACACGAUGAUGAGGUUGUGGCGACGUGCGGAACCGUCGUGCAGGCUGUUCCCGGUGAUGAACGCCGCUACCAAGUGCGCCUACUGCUACGAGGACCCGAUUCUGCCAUCGCACGCCGGUUGCGAGCAUCUAUUCUGUUACUACUGCCUGCAGGCGCACUUCACCGCGAUGAGCGUGUUCCAGUGUCCCACCUGCGAUGCGCAGCUCCAUGCCGAAGAUAUGAAAAGGUACACCGUCGCGUGUGCACCGACUUGCAGCGAUGACGAGGAGUCGGACGAUAGCUUUGAGAAAGUGGACGAUGGAUAAUAUGAACGUAUGUAUCUCUUAUAGUUUUAUCAGAGCUAAAAGUGACUCGAUGCUCGAGGUGAUGUGAUUGUGAUAAAGUUAUGUGCCUGAACUUUUGAUUUAUUAACCUCGCCGCCAAGUACUGCAUUUACAAGUGAAGAUGAUUUUUAUUAUUAUGUGAUGUGUUAAUUCUACAUGGUGAUUUGCAGCAAUGACCAAUUAUUUAAAAACAUAUAUAUUUAAAGAAAUAGUGAUUCGUUGCAAAAUGCGGUUAAUAGAAAAAGUACAAAAAUAUAAUUUUAUUAUGUCGGAAUUAACUAAACCUCCUAGAAGCAAAUUUUAUUAUUUUAUUAUCGCAUUGCAAUAAAUUGCAAUAUGAUGGCAUUAAAUCUAUGAAACGAAUAAUAUAUAAAUGAAGAAAGAUUUAACGUAUUGAUUUAUCGUGAGACACGACGAAGGGGUGUGUACGUGUGAUAUUAAUAUUUUGUUUUUAUUAAAAAUAGCAAUAUACAAAAUCAUCUUUAUUCUUCAUUUCAAUACAACAAAUCCCGAUUUCGGGCGACAUUCUCGUUUCUUUUUUCCGAAACAAACAAUAAAUGAUCGAUAUAUACUCUCUUGGCUCUUAUAUCAAAAUUAGAUUACAUUAUAUCAUAUAAAAAUAUUAUGCCGCGCUGUAUAUUAUAAAACGCUUCAUCUGCCGCCGCGCAGGUCGAUGGAUCGAUUGUUUACAUGCAAUAAUGACAUAUUCAUCGAUUAAUUUAUCAUUCGGUUGCUGCACCUGCGCUCGAUGGGCGGGCACGUCCCUAGAUUUAUUUUACACGAGAAACAAUAUCAUAAACACUAUAGCACAGAAAGAAAAAAAAAACGCGAAA